CACAGUCGCUGCUCUGCGGCCGGGCGGCGUGCACGUUCGAUGCUAGAUUGCGUUCCUCUACUACAGGUUUCCCUUUCGGGCGAAGUUUCACCGCGUAUUUAAAGUAUUGAAAAAAAAAUUCGAUUCGCAACAUUAUGAACUCAUAGCUAGUGAGUUCGAUUGACUUGGAUGUGAUUUUUAUGGAUACAAAAACGUAUGAAGUGACUAAGUGGGCCGAUGAUAUUUGAAAGUGAAAACUUAUAAACUUAUCUGAACUUGUUUCGAUAUCAGCGCAGUUUUGAUUCAUAAAACUGUGUCUCGAGUAUUGAAGUGCAUGUUAAUAUUACGAUAAACGGUCGAUCGCAGUCAAGUAAUUCACAAUCUUGAAAAUUCACAAGAAGUGAUUUGCUAAGAAAGUAUCAACGUAAAUAUGUCCUUGAAGGAUUUACGUACAUAAUCUGUGUACCAUCGAGAAGAAAAUAUUGUGCAAAGGUGUAAUGAAAUGUGAAUUUAGUGUUGACAGUGUUAAAAUCUAGUUGCGCUUUAGUUUCUUUUAUUUGUUUCCCGAUGAAGUUUCACGUGUAACUUGUUGACGCUUGGUUCGCUGAUAAUCCAACGCGAUGGAGACUGAAGAACUCACGAAACUUGUGGACGGGAUUUAUAAGAACAUUCUGGAUAAAUUCAAUCCAGGCGCCCGGCAGAUGAUAACAGCUGGAAAAGCUUAUCUCAAAGCUUUACAUGGCGCCGCCGCGGCCUCUCGUCUCUACGUUGAUGCAGUCGGCAAACUAGGCCGGCAAGCGCAGCAAGGCACAUGGGGCGGAUGUGCUGAUAUUGGAACAGCUCUUAUGAAAGUCGUCGAAGUUUACCGAGAGAUACAAGAUCAACAAAUGAAUAUUCUCAAAGCAUUUUACGUAGAUUUGUUGGUCCCCUUGGAAACUAAUCUGGAGAAAGAUACAAAAGUAGUACAGUCUGAACAAAAAAGAUUCCUUCAACAACACAAAUUGCGCUCGGAGAGCUACAGCAAGGCCGCUGCUACGAUUAAAAAGCAGAGAAAAAAGAAAACGAACGUUACAAAAGUUGGAUCGGCCAUGGACAAAGAGAUGAAGAGCAUGCAAAUACUCGAAGAGGAGAAAACAAAGUUGGAUGCAUUUUGCGAACAAAGCUUGAAAAAUGCAAUGACACAAGAGCGUCGACGCUACGGCUUUGUGUUGGAACGUCAGUGCUCGCUGGCGAAGCACUGGCUGGCGUACCACAGUGCGGGCGCCGCCUCGUACAGCACCGGCCUGGAGGAGUGGCUGGAAGUCUCCCGCACCAGGGAGUUCCUGCCUCCCAAUGUUGAGGCUAUGUUCGUUAGCAAGAUGAGGCAAGUUUCAUUUUGGGCCGAUGAAGACGUGUACGCAAGUCCACGUAACGGUGACGACGAUGACCGAGCGUCAGUGGGUUCUGCACUGAGGAAGACGCGCUCAGUAGACGCGUCUUGCCUCGAUGUACGCUCUAUAGCCGAGCUCGGCUCACCCGCACAGGGACUGUCACGAGCUAAAUCAGACUUCAACCUGCAAGCUAGUUCUCAUGGUGAACCGGAAAAUGAAACUCGUAUUAGCAACGCACGACCGUCAUCACUGGCCCCGCCGACCGCCACCAGUCGGGACCCGCCUUUAGCUCGCGCUCUAUACGCUUACGCUGCUGCGGGUGACAACCAGCUGAGCUUUCAACAAGGAGAUAUUCUGGCACUACUCGGGGACCGAACCAAGGGCUGGCAGUAUGGUGAAAACUUGCGCACCCACGGCGCGGGAUGGUUCCCUCUUGCAUACACUGAACCGAUACCUACUGAAGAACCUGUGAGUUCCCCGGCACGUUGGAGCACCGUGCAGACGCCAAGCGAAACGCCACCGCCAGCGCCUGUGGCCCACGCCCAAGUUUCCACUACGCCGCACUCCCACUCACAUCCUCCGACACGCAUGUUUGGCGACACCGUUACUGCUCAUCAUGUCAAUAAGGGCCGCUUGGGAAGUAAUUCUCCAGGUCUACCACCGACGCUACCGGCGCCGUCGCCGGGCGCUCUUAGCUCAUCAGCUAGUGCGACAUUCCAUGCUUCUAGUGGAACCACCUCCACUACUAAUGCUAUUAAGAGUUCCACGUCUGCCGCCAGCUUUACUACUCAUGCUGUUAUUGAAACAAGAAGCUUUGGACCGCAAACUCUCCCAAUGCGUUCACAGGUGGCGCAGAAUAAAGCUGUCCCCACUAAGAGUGCAGUAGCAACAGUCGGUGCCGUGGGUAACGUAUCGCUUCAUAGCUCCAAUGACUCAGGAUUUUCAAAUGAGCCUCCGCCUCAACCCGAUGUUGACUAUAGCGACGAAGAGGCACAGCGACUUCGCGUACCAAUCAGUAAAAACCAUCUAACCAACGACAACAAAGCAUAUCUGUUAAAAACUCAAAGUCUUAGACGUGGCCCAAAACCCGCCAAUGCAAACGGAUACUUAACUGAUGAUCAACAAUUGUUACUGCGCAACAUGCUCGACAUGGACAAAGAUUCUCAAAAAGUAAAAAGAACCAAAUCUUUCUGGAAAUUUGGUCGCACUACUUCCGAGGAAAUAAUGGAGGGCAUGUCUCUUUGGCAACAUCGAGAUAUAGUAGAUACUGUACCGGAAUAUAAGAAAAAAUUAUUUACAAAACUGAAGAAGGAAUUACGCCCUGCCCCGGACAUACCUGAACCCAGAAAACCUAUGAAAAACGAAAACAAAACUGCACCCGAAAAUGUACAAUCUCGACCACAAGAUAGAACUACGAUUGAUAGAAAAGAUGUAAAAGUAACUGGCGGAUUACGUCAAGCUAAAAGUCUUGGAUCUAUACAGAAUGAAGAGCGUACAGAAACAAUUAAGAAAGAAAACGAAAAUUAUCAUCAAAACCAAGCAAUGAAUAAAAAGAGCAUGUCUGAGAAAUCAAUAAUCGAAGAAAAACAAGAAGACUUUACCCUACGAAAUGAAUCUCGACAUUCAGACUUAACGAAUACAAGCACCAUUAAAACAAACUUUGAAAACAGUUUUUAUAACGAUGAAAAUGGUGAUGGUUUUGUAAUGAAAACUGUUAAGCGAAGAGAAAUUCUUCAAAGAUACGACAAUGACAGCAGUUCUGAUGUUAAUUCUGUUGCUUCAAGCACUGAUCCAUAUGAUUGUAUUAUUGUCGACGACCAUAUGACAUCAACGAAGCAACAAGAACUUGAUAGACGCAGACAAGGUCGUUCGCUAGACGAUGAAAUUAAAAAGAACAAAGAGAAUACUUACAUGCCAGAGUUUGAAGAAAUAGAAAUAAAUCACAUUAAGCAACAUGUUCGUGGGACACCGACUAAUGAAAAAACCAAAAAAUCAUCCAUUGAACGUUCUCCGCAAGUUAUGGAAUUCAAAACAUUCAAAGAUAAUUCAAAAGAAAUAAAAACAUUCUCUGCCUCAUCUGAGACAUUGAAAUACAAAGAUAAUGAUCCGCUCGCUGACAGAUAUGGUAUGCCAAUAGAACGUAACAAUAAUGAAUCUUAUAAUGGUUACGAUGAUGGAACUUUAAAAUAUAAAAAAGGUAGAGAAAGCAAAGACGAAAAGAAUCGUCAAUCAAACAGCUUUGAAAAUGGAAAGAAGCUUAAAGAAUAUCCACAAAAUGAAGGUCGUCAACAAAAGAAAGAGCAGCGACCAACUGAAAAUCGAGAACCAAGAAUUGAUUACUCUUUGGACAGACGUCAAAUUAGAAAAGAUUUCACUGACACAAAAAAUAGAGACCCAAGAUUAAGAAACAGGUCUAAUAGAAGUUACGAUGACAGUACUUUACCAUAUAAUGGACGAAAGGAGGAAAGGUACUAUGACGCAAAUAUUUCGUACUUUAGCGACCAAGAACGACGUGCAUCACGAUACGAUUACGAAACUGAUUCCAAGAAAGCAGAAAAAUCGAAAAUAAGACAGGAAGAAGCAAGGCUUGAGGCGAGGCGUUUUAUGGAUCGACGAAGCGAAGGCCCUUAUAGUGAGUCCGAUGACCAAAAGUUCAAUGAAGCCUUAAAACAACAGCGACCUCAAUUGCUUCCACGUACAAAACUGCUCAAAAGAAGUGUAGAUGGCAGUGAAUUACCGGAGGAAGGUCACACAUUCGGGCCAUGGUACGACUUAUGGGGUCGAGAAUCAGCCAUGUAUAAGUAGUGUUAGAAGUUUUUUGUAUUUUAG